AUGUAUUCCCACGAUACUCGUCUUGACAAAGCUCGAAGGCUACAGGAUGAGCGCAUCAAAGCCGACUGGAAUUUUUUCCUCACGUGGGACCAGUGGGUGCCACCAAUGUUGUGCACGAUUCCAUCCCCUCAAAAAGACCAGAUCCCUGUGGGCUACAACAAUAUUCGCAUUUCACCAACUCUACCGACUAUAUCCAGCCCACUUCAAGUUACAAAAUCCAAAGUCUCCAUCAUGCCAUCCAACAAGACACAAACCCUGGCACAUCCUAAGAACAAUGUUGGGCAUCAAGUAUUUGACAUGUGCUGGAAUACCGAGGGUGAUCAAGCGCCGGCGGUGCAAACACCGACUGCAACACAAUCGGCCGAUCCACAAGUUGCAGGCUCAACAUUUGACAUGUGUUGGGACGCCGAGGCUGAUUCAGCGCCGAGCGUUGACAUGCAUGCGGCCGCACCACUGGCGUCAUGUAAAUAUGACCUUUGUUGGGAUCAGGAACACCGUCCACCAAUGGUUGAUCCUAUACCAAUCCUGGAACUGGCGACUGCUGAAACUCAGAUUGUGGAUGCCAGCAUACCCUUGUCGGCCGGUCAAUAUGAUAUGUGUUGGAUUGACAGUCCGUUUGCAUCGGCGGUGGGAUAUGCACCCAAUUUCGAGAUGUGCUGGGAAGAUGUGCCAUCGAGCGGAGAUAAUCACUUUGACAGUGCUUCCACUGCUGCACCACUCAUCAACUUGGUUGAUACAGGUUUGUCGGAAUUGUGUAUUAGUGACGGGUUAGUACAGUCAGGUGCAGCGGGUGACACACCGGUAUCAUAUGAUAUGUGUUUCGAUAAUUUCUCGCCGGCCGCAUCUCCAGCACCAAUUAGUGGCUUGCCUAGUCAAAUGGUUGACACCGGCAAAGAAUUGCUGAGCCGAGCAAAUAUGAGGCUUGACAGCAUUCCCGCUGUGAUGAGAGAUGACCGAGGACAAAAGUCGGCAAAUAUUUUGGAUGCCAACCGGGUGUUGAUAUCAGAAUAUCAGCAUGCAUGUGACCAAUUUCUUACCGCCAGCGAUGAUGUUGCCAAAAUUCAGCAUCUCAUGAACAUGCACUGCGAGAUUGAUGAUCCACUUCAUAUAUUGCUGCUUGCAAUGAGAAAGAUGGGCCGGGGACAUUCUCCAAUCCAGUGA